CCUACUCGAAUAGUUGACAGUUAUGAGUUCUAAAAGUGAAUGGAAAUUCAAUAUUAAUAAACACAUCAAAUAUCACUUUAAGAAACCAUGUCUGAACAGUCUAUGCUGGAAUAUAACAUCCAACUCUUGUUGUAGAUUGUAUUUGCUAUUGAGCAAAUUUGUUGGAGUGUGCUUAAACAACACAGAGAUUUACAACAAGAAGACUUUUCACAAUGCUGUCAGUGAGAGAAAUGGACGUGGUCUCAUUACAGUUGCCAACCACACCUCCAGACUUGAUGACCCUCUGGUGUGGAAUCUCAUAGGAUGGCGCAAUUUUAAACUAUCUACUUGGCGUUGGUCAACAGCUGCUGAAGACGUGUGUUUCAAAAGCAAGGCGGAAUCUUGCAUGAUGGCUAUCGGGAAAGUACUUCCUGUUACACGAGGGGAGGGGGUGUUCCAGAGGUCGAUGGAUUUCUGCGUUAAUGAAAUCAUAGAAGGAAGAUGGGUGCACAUUUUUCCGGAGGGGAAAAUAAAUCUGGACCAGAAACCAAUGAGGCUGAAGUGGGGAGUGGGAAGGUUGAUUGCGGAGCCAAAUAUUACACCAAUGGUCCUGCUUAUACACCACACAGGCUUUGAGACAGUGUUUCCCAAUGAUGGACGACCGCUGUUUCCACGGCUGGGAAAGAAGACCUCCAUCUACAUCAGCGAUAUGUUGGACUUAACUACUGAUGUGCAGAAGAUGAAAGACCUCAUGAAAACACCGGAGGAGAUGAGGCAAAGAUUGACAGACAUCAUUGAGGAAGAAAUGGCAACUCUCAAAUUAAAGGCAGAGCAAUUCCAUGAACAGUGUUUUGGACAAAUGCACUCUUCCAUCAGCCAAGCUAUUUCACCUACAAAUCAAAAUCAGAUGGACUUUUCCAAGUGUGAAGCAGGUGACAAAGCAGGUGGCCAAAUGGACUCUUCCAUUUCAGGAAAUGAUGACAAUGCUUCAUACCCUGAGGAACGGAAUAUUCUAAAUAUUGAAAAUGAUGAGAAUAGUGCAAAUGAUAAUGGUGUCAAGAAAGAAUUUGAAAAAAAACAAAGUCAAUGAAAGCAAACCUCUUUAUACCGGUAACUUGUUGAACUCAGGAAUUUCUGUUAUUAUCCUCCCAUGUAAAGAAGCAGGGGUACAUGCUUUGCACAUGUUGGUUCUUUGGAAAGUCUUAAACCAAAUGUUGUCCGAUUGGUAAUUAGUGAAUGCUUUGGCCUUAAGUCCUAAAACUUGUUAGGGAGGCUGGCCAUGACCAGCAGAUAACCUUCUUUUGAGGUCAGUAGUCAUGGUAGCAGUGACCUUAAACAAAAAAAAAAUUGUUGGAUCAAUAACUAAAAUAUUCAUGAGCCUACAUUCUUCAAACUUUGUAGGGAGGUUCUUUAUGACCUGUAUAUUACCUCUAUUGAUUUUGAGGUCAAUGUGACCUUGAACACAAAAAACAUACAGAGAAGGCUUGGACAUUCUGUCCUCAGACUUGGUGGGGUGAUUGUUUGUGACCUGUAGAUAUUGACCCUUUUAAAAGUAGACCAGUCACGGCCACCUUUCAAAACCGGUAUCGAAAAAAUACAUAAAUACAAUGAUUGAUAACUAAAAUGUUUUGGUUGAAAGUUGUGAGGAACUGACCAUUGUCAUAAUAUUUUAAACAUAUUGGUUACCACUUAUAUUAACCUUAAUGCAUAUAUCUAUAGAUAUAUCUCUUAUGAGAAGCAAAUGUGAAAUGACAUAAAAAGAAAGGAAAGGGACAAAGGAUUUAAUAAAUUGUGCAUAGACCGAGAAUAUAACAAUUAUGUAGGUAAAAAGUGUUCACUGCCAUGACAGGAUAAUUAGUAUUCACACUCUAGCUAAUCAUACAUAACGGAACAUACACGCCUGGGAAACACUCACACUACCUAUAAUUUUGACACCUGGUUACAUUACAUUACAUGCAUGUUUAAAUGGAGACUUAUAACUCAUUAACUCCUAUGGAAACAAUUCGAACAGGUCAAUAACUCUACUCUUGGUAGUGACUGGUCAUAUCCUUUAUCGAGAUGAUUCAUUGACAGCUAUUAGGGGGCCAAACAUCUCUGGUUUAAGAAUUGUUUCUAUCUAAAAUUCAGGGAGCAAUGACUUUGUGAUAGAAAUUGGAGUACUGGUACUGUUAAUUUUUAUAGAUAUUUUUAUAAUAUAUAAUUUUUUCAAAAUUAUGUUGUUCAAUUUAUUAUCAGGUUGAUGCAAGGAGGUAUCCAAACCUUUUAUGGAAAUAUGAAUAUGAUGUUCAUUUUGAUACCAGAACCUUUUAUUUAUACAAUUAAAGGGAUAAGACACCAGAUGGUCCCAAAAUACAAAUAAAGCAUUUUCUCAAAACAAGACUAGAAUUGUGAAUACCUACCAAUAAGAGGCCAAUUUUACAUCAUUUUACAUGAUUACAAAAAUAUUUUGGCGCUGCUUUAGCUGAGUUUAACAUUUAAAAAUAGUGCAUAAUGGUUUCCCAGUUUAUAAUGUAGCAUUUGAAAGUCACAUAAUCAGUACUGAUAAAUAUACCAACAAUUUUUUUUUUUAUGUAAGUUUUUGACAAUUUUUUGUUAUUCUUCCAAUUGUAUCUUCUGGUGUCUAGUCCCUUUGAUUUAAAGGGACUAGAAAGCUAAGCAAUUUAUUUUUGUGAUUAAAAAUACUCUGUUUGAACAUGUGUUUAUAUUAUUUUUGGUGCCCUAAAUGAAGCACCAGGCUUCCAUUAAAAAAUUGUAACUGGAAGUAUGAACUUCCUUGCCAUCCAUUUUGAAAGGUUUGAAUCUGAACAAAUUGUUUUUGGUGUGUAAAUACUUGUGAACAGUGAUCAAUUGCUAUAAAUAGUCAAAGAAAUGAAACAAAAGGCAUGAUUUAAUACACUUGUGCCUGAGAUCAAUGAGUGAAGAUUUAUAAAAUUUAGGACUUUUUAUUACUUUGAAUGUUAAAAGAAGAUGAGCGUAAGGGGAUGUCAACGUUCAUCUGUUCUAGUUUUCAGUCGAGCAAGGGGCAUAACUUAACAAUUAGCUAUCCUUGCUGUUGUCCAUGGCAACAUGUGUCCAACCCUGCAAUGAGAUGAGUGCUGCACAAAUUGUUCUUUUUCAGGUAAAAGGUCAAGUUAACGAUUUGAUAAUGUAAACUGCUGAUUUAAGGGGUGAUUUGCCGGUCAAGGGCAAACUACCACUCAGGUUUGAGGACUUCUCAGUUUUCAAGUGUUGACAACGACCUUGACCUUCUGCACUCAAAAUGAAGAGUUUAUCUUUUGGUUCAUAUCAAAUGAGGUUUCCUUAUCCUAAUUUGAACAGUUGAUUCUAGUUUUUGUCCAGACAAACCUACCAGAUGAUAAUCUUACAAACUUACAAGGGGAAAUACAGCUGUUGAAUAUAAUUGUGACAUUUGACCUCACAAUAGGAAUUAUCUACUGGCUUAGGGCUAGGUCCUUGUGAAGUUUCAUGAUUCUUGGCAAAACAUUUCAUUUUCAAACACAAGGGUCACUUUUGAUAUCCUUUUCAACAUUGUACUACUCUUUUGUUAUUUUCUGAUUUUUUUUUAAUAAAUUCAUGACCUUGACCUUUAAAAUACCAGCUCAUUGUUUAAAGGGAGAACUGCUUACCAAGAGCAAAUAAACUCUGAAGUUGUAUGGACCAUCUUCAUACUAUUGUCAAAUUACCAGUAUUGUUUACAUUUUGUUUGGUACAAAUAUUGCCCUUUAGUCUCAACCUUGAUUUAUCGUAGUAAUCUAGAAUUAUCCUACCCAUCAAGGUCAUCUUUCAUCAUUGAAUAAAACUUUUUAUUCUAACCUUGACCUUAAACCUACUGGUCAAACAACUAGUAUGGGUCAUCUACUGAUUAACAAGAGAUUUGUUCAGCAAUUUGCACCCUGAGCAUCACUUUGUAAAAAACAUUUUCUAGAUGGAAACAGGUGUCAAGAGAAUGCAAAUCAACUACUGG